GCCGAGUCCGCGGCCACGUGAGCACAAACUUUCGGUGCCUUCGCGGAAGUGACGUCAGGGAAGCGAUGGCGGCCCGUGCUGCUCUACCGGACUGCCUUUAAACUGUCCUCAGAGGUGAGGAACUGUACGCGUAUCGUUUUCGCUUUCUCAAAGCUUCUCCGAAGGAGGAUAGUGCUGUUAAAGCCGCGGCGGAUGGACGGUGGCGCUUCUCUCGGCUCCCGGCAGAAGAACGGAGACGUUUGUUCGACACUCCGCUAGAUUUGAACAUCUCAGACCAACGGACAUUUACAGACUUCACAGAGAAAACACUUCUCUGAAGAUAAAGACAAUCGCCAAAUAGUAUUUCACACACGCGCUUGGUUUAUUUUUAUUGUUGUUUUUUAAAACUGCUGCACUUUUGCUCCCUCCAUGCGCUGAUUUGAAUCCCGCGGAGCCGCGUCGGGACGCUCCGGUGUGAAGUGCUGAGGGCUCGGCGGGCUCUGAUCUGCACAGGUGUGUUGUGCUGCUCCUGCGCUCCUGCAGGACUCUCUGGGGUUAUGGUUGACAUGCUGAAGACCCGCCAGUGUCUGCUCGGUGUGCGCGCUUUCCUCGGCGUGACCUCCAGAGUAUGGAGCUUCUUCUUGUACAUCCUCAGGAAGCACAUACGAACGAUAAUCCAGUAUCAAACAGUGCGAUAUGACAUCUUGCCAUUGUCACCCCUUUCCAGAAACAGACUCAACACCGUGAAGCGAAAGAUCUUAGUUUUAGAUCUGGACGAGACGUUGAUCCACUCGCAUCACGAUGGCGUUCUCAGACCGACAGUGCGGCCAGGAACACCGCCAGACUUCAUCCUCAAAGUGGUAAUAGACAAACACCCGGUCAGAUUCUUUGUGCAUAAAAGGCCGCAUGUGGACUUCUUCCUGGAGGUGGUCAGUCAGUGGUAUGAGUUAGUAGUGUUCACUGCUAGUAUGGAGAUCUACGGAUCCGCAGUAGCUGAUAAACUGGAUAACAACAAGGGAAUCCUGAAAAGAAGAUACUAUAGACAGCACUGUACGCUGGAUUCAGGUAGUUAUAUUAAAGACCUGUCCGUCGUACAUGCCGACUUAUCAAGUGUAGUCAUUCUAGACAACUCGCCGGGAGCAUAUCGCAGUCAUCCAGAUAAUGCAAUACCUAUAAAGUCAUGGUUUAGUGACCCAAGCGACACGGCACUUCUUAACCUGCUGCCCAUGCUGGAUGCACUAAGAUUCACGGCAGACGUACGGUCCGUCCUGAGCAGGAAUCUCCACCAGCAUCGACUCUGGUGAUCAUCCGACCGAGGGCUUUCCUCAAGUCCGCUCUUCUUCUGCUUCCCUACGUGACAUCUGCCUGUCCGUUCUCCCUCGACUCUUCACCUCUCAGAAGCGGCCUCACGUGAGGACCGUAGGGAGGAGAGUCUGUCCCGAACUCAAAGGGGAUGCAAAAGGCAAAAUUUCUGGGAAGCUUUUUCUCUACGUUUUAGUUUUUUUUUCUUUUCCCUUCUUCGAAAUGGAGUCUCUGCCUUACAGCUCUACCGAUGCUGAUCGCGUGUGUGAGUUAUGUUUGUGGUACGUGUGUAUGAGGACAUCUGCUGUUUUUCUUUUUAAAUAUCUGAAGAUAUUUGAGGCAAGAAAAACAGACCUUUUCAUGACUUGCGUCUUCAAUCCCAGCCUGGGACGCCAUCCCUCUCUUCUAAUGGAACGGAUUGGUUCAGAACUGGCCAGCGGCACUCUGCACAUCGAAUAGAGUUCACUGGAAAACUAUCGUUGAUUAUGACGGACUGGGAGACUUCAGGGUUAUCAUGGUAGAGUUGUAUAUGCUAUUAUUGAGGUACUGUCUUUGAAGACAUGGGGUUUUAAUGACUUCUGUAUGGUAGGCCUGUCCAAAUUCAGAUCAUGGAGAUAAAUUCUCCCGCAGAUUCUUAGGUUUUAUUCUUCUGGUUAGUUCUCAUCCUGUUUUAUUCUUGGCAGUGAAUGAAUUUGUCAUGAUUAUCAGGGAGGAUGCUUUGAAGAAGCUGAAGGACAGAUUUUAAGCCUUUCUGCUCUAAUUGUUCUCUACAGAAUGUAUGUGGUCGGCUAUGAAAUCCUACCACCUGGAUGCCUUUUUACAAAUGUGUUUUUUUUCUUUCCUGAAAAUGUAAUAAUGGCAAGACUUGAAUUUAUAAAACUUCAUUGUAUUGAAGAGCUGACUGAG